AUGCUGCUCCUCUGCCACGCUCUCGCUGUAGCUGCUGUGCAGGUUGUUAUCUUCUCAGAAAACUGGGCUUUUGCCAAGAACAUCAAUUUCUAUAACGUGAGGCCUCCGCUUGACCCAACACCAUUCCCAAACAGCUUCAAGUGUUUUACCUGUGAAAAUGCAGGGGAUAAUUAUAAUUGCAACCGAUGGGCAGAAGACAAAUGGUGUCCACAGAAUACACAGUACUGCCUGACAGUUCAUCACUUCACCAAGCAUGGAAGAAGCACAGCCAUCACCAAAAAGUGCGCCUCCAAGAGCGAAUGCCAUUUUGUUGGCUGCCACAGCCUCGAUUCUGAGCAUACGGAGUGCAAGUCUUGCUGUGAAGGAAUGAUCUGCAAUGUUGAGUUACCCACCAAUCACACAAACGCAGUCUUCGCAGUGAUGCAUGCCCAGAGGACGUCAGGCGGCAGCAUUCACACGCUCUACCUGCCAGCACUUGUCUGGGUCUCCAUGCUGCCACUACUAUGA